AGAGACACUUGACGCAUCGGAGGGAGUGAGCAAAGCAACGCUUCACUUUGCAAUAUGCAACCUGCGAGACGCCACGCCGUCAGCUAGUACUUGCUUCUGACACACACACACUCACUCACACACACACACACACACACAUAGAGAGAGAAGGAGAGGCAGAGAUGGAGAUACAAUAGUGGAGCCGCACAGAACAGCACAGCACUGCAUACAACGGCACAGAGAGACACAGCCCGUGAAUGCAGCGCUACACAGAAAGAGGAACAUUUUCUUUGCGCACAAGUCAGACGGAUAUUUUUUUGGCCGGGAGCGUCGCCGCUAAUCGACAGUGAUGUCUGUGAGCAGAAUUAUGUUUAGUGAUAGAAUACGGAUUAAUCUGAGGCUGUGAAUUCUUCUGGAGACAUAACUGCUGUGAGGACAGAUUGGGAAACCAGAAAGGUGCAAAUCGGAUUCCAUACAUUUGUGAUUGAAUGUGAAACUACUUUGACCCUACAAAAUUGAAGAUGAUGUUGCUAUGGAAACUGCUGGUGCUGCAGUCACUUAUGGGGUGCCUUGCAGUGAGCAGUGUCCUGCAAAGUCCCGUCUUCACCAAGCAGCCUGGCAGCAUCGUCUAUCCUGUGGAGACCGUGGAGAAGAACAGGGAGGUGGUGUUCAGCUGUGAAGCCCAGGGAAGCCCACCACCCAUGUACCGGUGGAAACUGAACGGCACAGAAAUCAGCCCCAAAUCUGGAUCUCACUACAGCCUUUCUGGAGGCAACCUCAGAAUCAGCCAUCUGAACAAAGACCAAGAUGCUGGAACGUAUCAGUGCCUCGCCUCCAACUCUUUCGGGACCAUCGUCAGCCGAGAGGCCAGUCUAACCUUUGCAUACUUGGAAAACUUCAAGACUCACAGAAGAAGCUCUGUGUCAGUCCGCGAAGGCCAAGGAGUUGUUCUGCUGUGCGGCCCUCCAUCGCAUUCUGGAGAUCUCGUAUUUUCCUGGAUCUUUAAUGAGUACCCAACAUUUGUGAAGCAGGAUACUCGCCGAUUCAUCUCACAGGAGACCGGGAAUCUGUACAUAGCCAAAGUGGAGCCCUCAGAUGUUGGCAACUACACCUGUGUGGUGACCAACACCGUCACAAAGACCCGAGUCCAGGGUCCACCCACUCCACUAGUGCUCCGCAGUGAUGGUGUGAUGGGUGAAUAUGAGCCAAAGAUUGAAGUUCAGUUUCCAGAGGUUGUUCAUGUUGCCAAAGGAUCCACUGUAAAGCUGGAAUGCUUUGCUCUGGGAAACCCGGUACCAUCUAUAAACUGGAGGAAAGUGGACGGUGUGCCCUUCCCCAGGAAAGUGGAUAUGAGGAAAGCCAGUGGCGUCUUGGAAAUCCCAUAUUUCCAGCAGGAGGACGCGGGCACGUACGAGUGUGUGGCGGAGAACUCCAGGGGAAUGAACACAGUGAAAGGGAAGCUCUCUUUCUACGCCCCUCCUCAUCUCAUUGAGAAACCCCAAGAUGUCCAGAAGCUCAUUGAUGACUCGUUGGUGUGGGAGUGUAAAGCCACAGGGAAGCCAAAGCCCUCUUACAGGUGGAUGAAAAAUGGAGAGAACCUGGAGCCUGCAGAGGAGCGCAUACAGGUUGCCAACGGAGCGUUGUCAAUCAGUCGUCUGACCCUGUCCGACACAGGAAUGUACCAGUGCGUGGCUGGGAAUAAGCACGGCGAGGUGUACUCCAAUGCAGAGCUUCGAGUUAUAGCUGUUGCCCCAGAUUUCUCUCACAACCAACUGAGGAGCCAGACACUGGUGAAGGUUGGAGGAGAUGUGCUCAUUGAGUGCAAACCCAAGAUGUCGCCUUGGGGCGUGAUCUCUUGGCGCAAGGGCAGCGAACCCCUCCAAGAAAGUAACAGGGUCUCCAUCUUGGACAACGGUAACCUUCGGGUAUGGAAUGCAACCAAAUCUGAUGCAGGACUUUACACCUGUGUGGCAAGAAACCAGUUUGGCGUGGCGAGCAGCACAGGAAGCAUCACAGUUAAAGAGCCGACUGCCAUCACCACCCUGCCAUCCACGCUGGACAUCACCGUGGGGGAGAGUGUGGUCCUGCCCUGUCAAGUGAGCCACGACCCAUCCCUGGAGCUCAAGUUCACCUGGUUCUUCAACGAGCAGCUCCUCCACUUUGGGAGCCAUGGUGGAUUUUUUGAAAAAGUGGGAGGUCAGCAUUCGGCAGGAGACAUUAUGAUUCGAAAUAUCCAGCUGAGGCAUGCUGGGAAGUACACGUGCGCCGUGCAAACGAAGGUGGACAGCAUUUCCAUUGCUGUCGACUUGGUUGUCAGAGGUCCCCCGGGGCCCCCUACCAGCAUCCAUGUAGACGAAAUCACUGAUACCACAGCCUCUCUGUCCUGGAGGCCUGGUCCUGAUAAUCACAGUCCAAUUACGGCAUAUACCAUCCAGGCCAGGACGCCAUUUUCCCUCGGGUGGCAGGCUGUCACCACAGUUCCUGAGGUGGUGGGGGGCCACCGGAUGACAGCUACAGUAAUAGACCUGAGCCCUUGGGUGGAGUAUGAGUUUCGAGUCCUGGCCAGCAACACCAUCGGGACCGGCGAGCCCAGCAAGCCAUCUAAACAAGCAAGGACGAAGGGCACCUCUCCGAAGGUCACACCAGCUAAUGUCAGUGGAGGCGGUGGCAGCCGCUCCGAAUUAGUCAUCACAUGGGAGCCGGUUCCAGAGGAGCUACAGAAUGGACCGGGUUUCGGCUACGUUUUGGCUUUUCGACCCCACGGUGCCACAGGAUGGAUGCAGGCUGCCGUACCGUCCGCUGAAGCAUCCAGAUAUGUCUUUAAAAACGAAAGUAUCCAGCCCUUCUCGCCUUUCCAUGUGAAGGUCGGUGUUUACAACAAUGAGGGGGAGGGGACGUUUGGACCUGUUACCACCAUCUACUCUGCUGAGGAAGAGCCUGGCCGAGCUCCCACCAGGGUCCGUGCCAAGAGCCUCUCCGCAUCUGAGAUUGAAGUUUCAUGGAAAGCUUUGCCCUGGAAUGCCAGCAAAAAAAGAGUCCUGGGCUAUGAGGUGAGGUACUGGAGGAGAAGCGAAAGGGAAGACACAGCCAGUGUGCAAAAGACUGUAGGAAAUCAAACAUCUACUAUUAUCCGUGGGGUGAAAGGCAGCACUACGUAUUACAUCUCAGUGAGGGCGUACAACACUGCGGGAACGGGUCCUCCCAGCAACACGGUCAACGUUACCACCAAGAAACCACCACCCAGUCAGCCGCCGGUUAAAGUGAUGUGGAACACAUCAAACUCCAAGAUUAUAUUGAACUGGGAGCAGGUCAAAGCUCUUGAGAAUGAGUCAGAGGUCACUGGUUACAAAGUGCUGUAUAAGAAGAAUCGACACAGCCACCCCAACGUCAUGGAAACCAACACAACCUCUGUAGAGCUCGCCCUGCCCACUGAUGAGGAUUAUAUCAUCCAGAUAAAGCCAUUUGGAGAGGGAGGGGAAGGCAGCAGUAGCAGGCAGAUCACCAUCCCAAGGAUACCAGGCCCCAACGCAGUCGCCUCAGCAUCCAAGGUCUCCACUCUGUCAGCCCUCAGUACAAUAGCACUGUCUUUCACAGCGCGGACAUCUUUAUGACAAACAGCUCCCAGCAGACGUUGCAUCUGAUGUGGAGACAGCUCUACGGCGGAACGCAAACACAGCCCACUCUGGUGUAACUAGAUCCAUUCAUUUAGAUUUUAGAGGCAGAUGGAAGAAAUAAAUAAAAAAAAAUACGCCAUUGAGAUGACAAGGAAGGAGCCCCCUUCAGCACCCAGGCUAAGUAAAGAAGAUUGAGCGAUGUCGUGACUACGUUGUUACCAAAGCAGCUUUCAUAAGAAAAAAAGAAAGAAAAAAAAGAAAAAUGUCUUAUAUGCAUCUUUUUGUAUGACAUGUUGAGCUUUUAUAGAUUUUUCUUUCAUCAAUUUGAAAUCAGUCUGGGCUUACUGGAGCGAAAACAAUUAAGUGCAUGGCAAAUAACAUCAUCAAAUGUUCCAGUCUGGAGGGUAACAAUGUGAUUCGAUUAGUGCACUUUUGAUCUUCUGAAAUAAGAUAAUACGUAUAGAUCAGAGUAGUUUGUUUUCUUCAAGUGAAUGAACUAUUAUCUGCUACAGCCCUUUGUUUCUGUUUCUGCAAUUUUUUUCACAAACGUGCAACUCGAAGGACUGCAUCGACAUGGUUGUUUGUCAUUUCUGGUCAUCUUAGCACUGAAGAGAGGAUUAGCAUUUAAAAUCACCUGUCUCUAGACAGCACAUGCUAAUGGAUUACCAUACUCGGACAGUUAUAGCAAACUGGGAAAAAAGUUACCAAUCUUUAUUUUUUAUCAUUUUUAUGUCAUGAUUCUUCAGAAUGUAGAAUAAAAAAAAUAACUCUGGGUUAUCCUCCUACAUCACAUAAUGCUUCUGGCACAUAUAAGAUAAUGCAAUACCCUCAUAUCUUCGUUAUCAUCCCUCCUGUCCAUACUGGCCCUUUGCAGUACGACUACGCUGCUAAAGAUGGGGCUAACAUGAGGCUGUCGCAGUCUGAGUUAGCUAAAUCAAGUAGCUCUCUUCCAAAGAUAUAUAUAUAUUUUAUUUUUUUUAUGUGCAAAAUCCCCUAUUUGUGUUUGUUUCCAAAUAUAUCCUUGCUGAUGAGUAUCAGAGAGAUACAUUCUGGUAGUCCCAUGUAAGUUUGUUGCUAGGAUAAUACACUGACAAUUAACUUAAAAUUCAAACACUUAUUAUUAUCAAUACCACAACGGGAAGAUUCAAUACAUACUUACACUACCAUGACAAAGAUGCCCACUUGAGUUUGCUGACUGACGAAUGCUGAAGCCUCUUAUUAGCUUCCGCUGAACUGUAAAUUACAUUACAAGUGCACUCAGAAGGGAUCGCUUUAUGGACAGAUGAAUGAUUACAGCGGCCAACAACUCUUUCAGUGUAAAUAUGGCACAGGCAAAAAAAAAGCCGAACAAGUUCUUUAACAUGCUGAAUGAUAAUGCAUUAGCAUACCAUGUUUACGGUGCCAGUCCUCUUGGGGAAGGUGACCAAGAAGUCAAAGUCGAUGGGAUCCUUAAAGCCAUCCACGUGAUAAUUACCAGACCUGGUUACCAGAAAUAGCAGCAUGCUGUUUUGGAGAGCAUCUCCCCUGGGCUCCUCUACUUUGGCCAUUGAGCUGUACCAGUGACCAGACCCUCGUGGCUGUCUCAUGCUCCUCAUUCUUUUGGUUAGCCCUGUGUCUAGAGCUAUUCUUUGCCUUCUGUGUGCCUCAUCAUAUGUUCAAAAUCCUCAGGUCCUUAAAGAGCCUUAACUUAUCAUAUGUAUAUCAAAAACAUUAGAAAACAUAUAGAACUAUAAGGCAGCCACGGUAAUGUUUACAUGCUGCUGUGUUGAUAGAUAUUGUAUGUGUUGGGAUCGGGGGGGGGGAGAGCAUCCUUUGUGCAAUGCUGAAGAUGCCAAGGUUAGUUUGGAAAUGGCAUUCUGCUGUUUUGCAUUGGAUAUUGGCGAUAUAUGAGGCCUGGUGCAUUUUUAUAGGUGUGUAUUCUUAUUAAAAGACGAUGCUGCUGUUUUUUUUUCCUUUUCCCAUAGUCUCCUGAUGCCAUGUGGGACUGCUGUGCUACUGCAGUCUGUAUUUGGCUUGUAAUCCAGUUAAGUAGUUUGUACUUUGAAGGGAGGUGUACUGUAGGCUACUGGGUCUUGCUCAGAAUCAUGCAUCAAGAAAUGUGUAAUAUACUGUUUUGUACACUUCAAAUCAUUUAUAUAUAAAAAAAAAACUUUCUAAAGAAAUGAUUUAAUUGGUUUUUAUGUGAUAACUCUGUUUCAUACUGUAGCUAACUGUUGCUCAGCAUGACUGUACUUUGUCCUCUCUCUUCUGUCCAUCUGCAAACUGACUGAAUGGCUUUAGGAACAUGCAAGGUCCAUGCGCCCGAUAGGUUUGUGUAUACUGUAUUUGUUUCAUGAAAUCGGAAUCAUGAUCAGCCCCAUGUCUAUGCUUCCGUCAGCCCCUCUGAGAUGUACUGGGUCAACUGUCCACAUACACUCUACACAAUGGUUUCCUCUGUUGCUGUUUGUUGUUUAUACUGUGUUAAUAAAGAUUAUUGAUUUAUAGAACAA